AUGAUGGCCUCGAAAGAUGCAUCAACGUUCUCGGCAGCCUGUGAGAGCUUGAAUGUUUGUGCCUUCGAAACUUGCGCGUAUUGCAUUUCUGCAAGCCGCCAGAGUGUCCCUGACCGUGAACCACGAAUAGUGUUUGAAAGUCCGGUUCGGUCCGGUUUUUUGAUGCCCAGGGGUGUUAACCAUAACCGUAACCGGUCUGCAUUUUCCCCAGAAGUCAAAAGACCAGACCGGACCGCAAAAAGACCGCAGACCGCGGUUUUUUGCGGUCUAUAG